AUGUGCCUGGAACCAGCCGGGAGCUUGGUGCUAGGGCAUUUGCACAAAAUCCAGAAUGGCUAUAUCGUUCGGGGCAGCAGCAGCUUCGUUGGCAGCUUGUACUACUUUCAACUGUGGGACAGAAUCAGAGAGCAGAGUGAGUUAACGAAAUGUUCCCCAGGAAAUAUCGUCAGCUGGAGGGAGGAUUAUUGGCACUUUGACAACAUAGUUCCAAUCGCUGACCCUCAUCUACGCUGUGGCUCAGAGGAAGCAUCAUCAACAGCUGCUACUACAUCAUCUCCACCCACAUCUACUAAUGGUAACACUCCAACUUUCACUGGAGAUGCAACAACUGAAGAUAUGACCAUAGCUGUUCCUGGAUAUACUACUAUACAUUAUACAACCAUAUCUGUCCCUGAGCCAACAGACAUGACAAGAGCCGAAUCCUCUACUACUGCUGCAACACCUCAAGCACCCGAGACCACAUCAAUGGUUAACCCAGAUGGGACCACACAUACACUCCUAUCCUCUUCCACAACAUCAACGCCCAGUACCUCAGUUACCGUGCCCGGGACUACCCAUCCAUUGAUAUCUGCUGGGACCACAGCUUCACCCACCUCCUCUUCCACAACAUCAACGCCCAGUACCUCAGUUACUGUGCCCGGGACUACCCAUCCAUUGAUAUCUGCUGGGACCACAGCUUCACCCACCUCCUCUUCCACAACAUCAACGCCCAGUACCUCAGUUACCGUGCCCGGGACUACCCAUCCAUUGAUAUCUGCUGGGACCACAGCUUCACCCACCUCCUCUUCCACAACAUCAACGCCCAGUACCUCAGUUACCGUGCCCGGGACUACCCAUCCAUUGAUAUCUGCUGGGACCACAGCUUCACCCACCUCCUCUUCCACAACAUCAACGCCCAGUACCUCAGUUACCGUGCCCGGGACUACGCAUCCAUUGAUAUCUGCUGGGACCACAGCUUCACCCAAACCUAGUGAGACUGUUCCUACCUCCAAACCUGGUGAGGCUACAUCACAACCUAUUGUAACUACAUCUACCACUAAACCUACUAGUAUUUUGCCUGUUUCCAGACCAACAGUGACAACCUUAUCUACAGAUACCAAAACCACAUCCAAACCCUCCAAGUCCACAUCUGUAUCUACACCUGAUCUGUCCACUACAGUAAAAUCAGAUAAAAAAGUUACCUUCUAUGACAUCAAAAUGAACUUUUCUCUCUUCUACGAAACUCAGAGAACUCCUGAUUAUUAUGAUGCAAACAACCUUGCUAAAAACUGGUUUAAUGCCAGAUUUCCUGUUCCUGAAGGAGAAUGUGUUGUGACAAAUUAUUAUGUAACUGCAGGCAACUAUGCCUCCAAAACCAUCAUAAAAGCCACAUCCACUCAUUCACAAGAAUACUUGAUCAUCAUGAUAAAAAAACAGUUGCAGAUGAAGUACGAAGAGGGGCCCUUGUCUGUGGAACCUGAAGAUGUGAUUGUCAGUGCAAUUGCUCCAGGUACCUGCCCAGAAGAAUGGUCAACCUACAAAGGGAAGUAUCUUUGGACACAGACUAAUCCUGCUAGCAAAACUGAAUUAAGAUGUGUGAAAAAUUCUAAGCAGUCUGCCACCAGGAGUUGCAUGAUAAAUAUUAAGAGUGAGAAAGCUUAUUGGAAAAGACCAAAUAUGAGACCAUGUAAAUUGCUGGAAGAACUUCCAAAUAAUAUUGUGGGUCUUAAAAACGUUACCAUAACAGAAGAAAAUGCAGAGGAUAUUGCGGAGCACCUUUUAAAUCUGAUGAUAAACUUUACAAAAUUGGAUAAGGUAGAAACUGAGGUUAUUGUAAACAAAGUCUCUGCUAUUUCGAAGUGUGAUGACAUAAGCAGGCCACUUGCUGAGACUACAUUAAAAAUACUGAACUCUAUUUUGCUGAAAGAAAUGAAUACACAGGGCUUGCAAACAGAGACCAAUAGAAUCUUAAGGACAACUGAAGAGAUCGGUUUCAAGAUGCCUUAUACUGGGAGAAAUGAAUCAAUUGUGUUGGCUGUAUUGGCUUUGGCCGUGAUACGUCCAGAUCCCCGUGGUUUCCAAGGAACAGCCUUUGGUGUUACCUCCUACAAGAAAGGCAUUGAUCCCACGAUUGAUAUACGUGAAGAACCUUUUAAAAAGGCCUGUGCUGCUGUGUUUUUGCCAAGAUCGCUGAGGAACUACUUGGGGAGCCAAUCUUUAGAUCCAGAACAUCAUUCAAAGAUUCAGUUUAAUUUUUUUGGAAUAACUUCAUUCUUUGUGGAUAACAGUCUCGGGGAUAAAAGGUUGAACACCUAUGUUGUGAGUGCCAGCAUUGAAAAUGUAUCAAUUCACCACCUCAGUGAGCCGGUGAAUAUUAUCCUACAGCAUAUAAAACCAAAUAGGGACAAAUCUACAGAGCACUGUGUGUUUUGGGACUUUAUGAAGAACAAUGGACUGGGUGGCUGGAAUACAUCAGGGUGUGAAGUGAAACACAGAAAUAUGUAUUACACAAUCUGUCAUUGUAACCAUCUUACCCAUUUUGGAGUGUUGCUGGACUUAACCCGGAGAGAGACAGAUGGUGUGAAUCAUCGCAUAUUAACUCUGAUAACCUAUGCAGGAUGUGGAGCCUCUGCCCUUUGCUUGGGGGUAGUGCUGGUGAUGCACCUAACUCUUGACAAGCUUCGCAGAGAUUAUCCUUCAAAAAUCCUGCUAAAUCUCUGCACUGCACUGCUGAUGCUAAACCUGGUAUUCCUGGUCAAUUCCUGGCUGUCGUCAUUUAACAACCAUGGCCUGUGUAUCACAGUGGCUGUGUUCCUUCAUUAUUUUCUGCUUGCAGCCUUCACAUGGAUGGGCCUGGAAUCUCUUCACAUGUACUUUGCUUUCAUCAAAGUCUUCAGUAUGUACAUUCCAAACUAUAUACUGAAAUUCUGCAUUGCUGGGUGGGGGAUACCAGCUGUUGUAGUUGCUACUCUCCUCAUUAUAAAUGUGGACUUUUAUGGCAACGGAUCAGUUUCUAAAAACCAGAACUCAUUCACUUUUUUUUGCUGGAUUCAAGAUGAUGUUGUCUUUUACAUCUCCGUUGUUGCCUAUUUCUGCUUAAUAUUUCUGAUUAACAUAAUGAUGUUCAUCAAUGUUCUUCUUCAAAUUCGUAUCGUGAAAUCAAAGCAGCAAAUAAAAUCCAAGAACUGGAAGCAGGGCUUUCUCCAUGAUCUGCGGAGCACGGUCAGCCUGACAUUCUUACUCGGCUUAACCUGGGGUUUUGCCUUUUUUGCCUGGGGAUCAGCAAGGAUUUUUUUCUUGUAUGUCUUCACCAUUUGUAACACACUGCAAGGGCUUUUUAUCUUUGUAUAUCAUUGCCUGAUGAAAGAGACAGUGAGGAAGCAGUGCCAAGUGCACUUUUGCUGGGGGAAGUUUCGGCUCAAUAAUUAUUCUGAUUGGAGCAGGGCAGGAACAUCUGCUGGAUAUAAACCAAGAAAUUUAGAGCAUAAACUAUCAUCGCAUUCUUUGAAAUCAACCAAGUCUCUGAAGUCUAAUGCAACAAGCUCAACUUCCAAUGGUUCAGGCUCCUUACCGGAGACAUCUUUGGAUAUGGACUUGAGAGCAGCUGAGGUGCAAUACAACCCAGGCUCUGUAACUCCAUCUGCUUAUCAGUGAAAACAUCCUCGGGCAAGAAGAAUAUCACCUGUGGAUAUAUAACUGCACAGUACGCAGAAAACUAAGUUUUUGCAGUGAUACCCAACCUAUUUUUUUCUGCUUAGUUGAAGACUGUCUAUUUUGUGGCCUGUACAAAUAAAUGUUUAUCCUAGUA